CCCGUUUGGCGCCGGAGGUCCACGGUCUCGUCGAGGGCCAGCAUCUGUCGGUGGGGCAGACGCUAACGGCCAGCUGCACGGUGAAGGGAGGCAACCCACGGUGGCCACCGUCAGAUUCACAUGUGGACGUCUCGAUGACAACAAUGACAACGUCAACGGCGACGAGGUUUCCAGUUCCGUGACCUUUAACCCUGUGACAGCUGAAGACAAUGGAACCGUUUGCCUCUGCACAGCUUUUUGGCUUCCGAAGAAAGAAUUUUACGUGCUUAAGAAAUCAAUAAGGGUGACAAUUUCUGGUCCAUCUUACACUUCUGCUGGUUCCAGUGCUGAGACUCCGGUGUCCAUGGAAACAAUGGCUGCUGUUACCACAGUCUGUAUUGUCGUUGGCAUUGCUGUGUUUGCACUCAUCGCUUACUUCGUCAUCAAAAGAAAAGCUCGGCCCUAUGAUCAUCUGAACCUCAAGAACCAAUCUUAUCAUUGCUAUAGAGACCCACAAACUUCUCGCCCUACGGCUCCUGCCAGCUCCACGGACGAAGAAACUUAUGAAGAGGUGUGCGAUGACCCUAAAGUGCAGGUCCCAGCAUAUGAGGGAAUUGUUAGCAUGAGACCACACCCAGGCAAUCGUCCUACUCAUUCACCCAAGAACAGGUCCUUAUUCCCUUCCAACAAGCGCCGUUGCAAAGAGGACAAACCGGAUGGUCAGACACCCGUCACCAAGACAACCAUCACCAAGACUUUCUCAAACAAGGACCGCUCCAUCAAGGCACCCACGACCCAGUCUGAUGAAUACUUAGAACCAGUGCUUGCAGCUAAAGAGAAGGAGCAAACUUUGGAGAGACCAAGCAGCAGUCACUGCAACUAUUACUCGUAUCCGAGCAUCGCCUGUAAUAACCAGCAUCCCAGCAACAGCAGCAGGAGCAGCAAACAGCAACAAUAACAACUGAAGCCAUCAAAAUUAAACCAAAAGAUAUGCUAUCAAUAGCAAGAACAAACUUAAAGGCAGAAUAAAGACUGAACUGGAAGGAAUGGUUGGACCCAAGGGAGGGAGAUAAGGAACACACGCAAUGCCGGCGACCCCUAGUAGUUAUUUUUCUCAGAUUACUUCUAUUUUGUCCGACUAAUAGUAUCUCGUACAGUUCAGUCACUUGCUCUGAACGAUUGUCUUGAAAACAAAAGUGGGAAAGGAUUGGCGACAGAAUUGUCCUAUGGUUUGUCUUUCUGAUCCACGGAGUAUUUUGGCACACUAUGUUGUGAAUGUCAUUCUUCAAACCAGACUGCUUGGUCAGGUAGAAAAUGCAUUCUUAUUCAAGUUUAAUCACCACUAGCCCGCUAUUUAGUAUAAUUCCAGCAGUCAGUGUACAUAUUGUAAGUAAUCUGUAUUGUAAUGUUAAGUAUUUAAAAUGUGAAUAAAAUCGGACGUUCAUGGAACAUGAUGUAUAGUAACAUCGUACCCUUUUUAUCUCAUAUAAAUAUCUGCCACUCUGUAACAAAAACUAUCCUCACCAACAUAAUACCUAUCUCUCAUCAGCAUUAACAAGCUUUAACACCCUAAAAAUUGUUGAUUUGUUGUUGUUGUUGUAAUAUUUUGAAAAAUGUUCUGAAUAACACAUGUACAAGUUAUCAUAAAUGAUUCCGUUACUACUUUAACAUUUAAAUUCGUUGUUAUGUUUUAAUCUUCCUCUUCAAUGUAUAUUUAAUCAGUUUAAUCUCUUGUAUUCUAAUGCAUGUAAUAAAAGCGUUCAUCGAACACAAGACCAAAUUAUUUAUUUUUAAGUUUAAUUUAAAUUAAAAAUCUAGGAGCAAUACAACAUUUAGUAUAGUAUUUUGCACACAACCAUUAAGUUUGUUACACAACAACGAGAAACAGCCGUGCGUUGAGAAUUAGACGAAGCAUGUUAAUUUGUUCUUUUUAUGAUUGCAUGUUUAUUUAUCAAUCAUAUUUUACUGCUUACUGCUUUAGAUGUUCGAAAGAAUUUUAAGAACAGUAAUGAUCUGUGUACAAUCAAUUUGUGUUACAUUGCUGAGAAAUAGGAUUUAAAUGAAAGAGCUUUGCCAUGUUACCGUUGCGGCAAAUAAAAAUU